AUGGAAGGCAGUGACAUCUUCUUUGGGACAGUGAUGCUGACCCAGAUCAGCAUCGGCCUGUCGGUCAACGUCUUCCUCCUCCUUUUUUACAUCAAUGUGGUCUCUGCCAGCCACAAGCUCAGCUCUUCCGACCUAAUCAUCGCCCACCUGGCCUUGGCCAACAUCAUCCUCCUCCUUAGCGGAGGAAUCCCCGAGACCCUGUCAUCUUGGGGGAUGAGAAAUUUCCUGGACGAAUUCGGAUGUAAAAUCCUCAUGUAUCUUUACCGAGUGGCCCGGAGCCUUGCCAUCUGCACCACCUGCCUCUUGAGCGUCUUCCAGGCCAUCACCAUCAGCCCUGGCACCUGGUGGGCAGAGGUCAAAGCCAAAUUGUACAAGUGCAUCAUCCCCUCCUGCCUCCUCUUCUGGGUCUUCAGUCUACUGAUGGGCAAAGCGGCACUGUUGUACAUAACAGGCCCCCGGAACAACAGCAGUGUCCAAGUCGUAUUCGAUCUUAAAUAUUGUUCAGCAAUCCCUAUGAGUGCAAAAUUAACUUUAAUCAACGCGGUCGUGAUAUCUGCCUGGGAUGUGUUCUUCGUGGGGCUCAUGAGCUUGGCCAGCGGCUACAUGGUAUUUGUCUUGCACAGACACCACCGGCAGGUCCGCCACCUCCACGGGCCCGGCCGCUCCCCCAAGGCGAUGCCCGAGGUCAGAGCGGCCAAGAGAGUCGUUGCUCUGGUCACCCUUUACGUCCUCCUCUAUGGGCGACAGACAAUUACAUUCAGCAUUUUAUUAAAUAGACGAGAAACCUCCCCUCUGCUGAUGAGCAGCCACGUGCUCUGGGCACCCACUUUCUCCACUGUCAGUCCAUUUUUGGUCAUUCACGGUGAUCAGAGGAUGAGACUGUUCCGGAAAAAGGAACCUCUCAUUUCCAACCCGGAUGCCUCGUAG